AUGGCUGAACCAGAGGACGUCGAGGAAGAUCUUUUUGCUGAUUUGUAUGAUGCGGAUGACGCGGGAAAUCAAACGACGUCCGCGGUUGAGACUUCUCAAGUUCCCCAUGCUAUCCCUUCAGACACGUCUGCUCAAUAUUCUAGCACUCCUCACGCACAAUCUUUCGAACAGGUCCAGGAGCAAACUGGAGAUUCGCGUGACAUUUAUCAAAAUCCACAAUCCCAAGGCGGGUUCCAAGGUAGCGGUGGCGAUUUAGAUCCUGUUUUUGGACAUAAUGUUACCAUUACUCCGGCGGAAUCUGAGCCUCAAGGCACUGGCAUCAAAGAAGAUGGGUAA